AUGGCUGGUAACGUGGACAAUGCCUGCGCCAAACCAGCGCUCACUGGGGACCCUGUCCACCACAACGGUGCCAGCGCAUAUCAUAAUGGCAAGUUGAAGUCGCAGUCUAACGACGUUCCAUUGCGACGAGCCAAUGCUUGGACUCCGAGAAAGAAGCUUAGGAUCGUCACCGUUGGGGCUGGCUUCUCGGGACUUCUGUUCGCCCAUAAACUGCAGCACCAGUAUCCCGAGAUGCAAGACCUGAUAUCUCACACUAUAUACGAGGCCAGAGACGAGAUAGGAGGAACUUGGUACGUGAAUACUUACCCUGGUGUUCAGUGCGAUGUGCCAUCACAUAUCUAUGCGUUUCCCUUCGAUCCCAACCCUAACUGGAGCCAUUUCUAUUCCACAGGUAAGGAAAUCCACGAGUACAUUCUCAACACUACCAAGAAAUGGAACCUGGACCGAGAUGUCAAGCUCAACCACAGAAUUCUCGAAGCACUCUGGCAGGAGGACAUUGGUCGGUGGAAAUGCACCAUACAGCAUGGCGAUCAUGAAUGGGUUGAAUACACCGACAUCUUAGUAUCUGGACAGGGUGUUCUAAAUAAGUGGCGGUGGCCCGAUAUCAAAGGCCUGCACAGUUUCAAAGGCCACAAAUGCCAUUCCGCCAAUUGGAACCACAGCUAUGACUACUCGAACAAAACGAUCGGGGUCAUCGGAAACGGCUCGAGUGGCAUUCAAAUUGUUCCUUCACUUGCAAAGCUGCCGGGAACGAAUGUCAUCAGUUUCCAGCGAAACCCAACCUACAUCUAUUACCGUAUGGCACCCAGCAAACUGCUCAACCGUGACGAUAUCACCGGAAACCCCGAGUAUACCGAGGACGACAAGCGGAGGUUCCGCGAAGAUCCCGCACACCUUCAUCAAUACCGGAAGACACUAGUCCACAAGAUCAACAAUGCCUUCAAGAUGUUCGGCAAAGAUACGCCGGCCAACAAACAAGUGAGCGACGACGCACGCAAACAAAUGGCCGAGAAGCUCAACCACGACCCGGAACUGUGUGCGAAGCUGAUUCCGUCCUGGGAACUGGGCUGUCGCCGCAUCACUCCCGGCGAAGGCUACCUGGAGGCAUUUCUGAAGCCGAAUGUCCAUCUCGUCCAACAGGGCGUGGUUCGCGUCACCGAAGAUAGCAUCAUUGCCGCAGAUGGCUCGCGCCAUAAAGUGGACGUGAUCGCGUGCGCCACUGGCUUCGACGUCUCGUUCACCCCGCAAUGGCGGAUGAUAGGCCGAAACGGCGUGGAUCUCGCCAGAGAAUGGGCCGUCGAUCCUGAAUCGUACCUGUCCAUCUGCGCCAGGGACAUGCCGAACUACUUCAUGUUCACGGGUCCGAACGCGGUCAUCGCGCACGGUUCGCUGAUGGAGAGCCUCAAUUGGACGGGCGACUAUCUGGUCAAGUGGCUCAAGAAGAUGUGCACCGAGGACAUCAAAUCAGUCGUGCCCAAGUCGGAGGUCGUGGACGAGCUGAUCACGUACGGCGACAAGAUCCACAAGACACUCGUCUGGUCCGGCGGGUGCAAGAGCUGGUACAAGAGGAACACCGUCGACGGCCGAGUCACGGCCGCGUUCGCGGGGAGCGCAAUCCUGUACAAGAAGCUGAUCAGCGAGCUGCGACCGGAAGAUUUCGAGGUCGAGUACAACAGUCCGAACCGGUGGGCCUUUCUCGGCAACGGGUUCACGGAAUACGAAAUGGAUCCAGACAGCGAUUUGUCGUGGUACAUCGAACGUUGA